AUGGUCGCCAUCGAGACCCCUUCGCUGAAGGCUAUUUCUUUGCCUAAUGGGAUGUACAUCAGCAUCGACCCAAGUGUAGACGGAAACCUCAUCUUCAGUGCUAAGGAGCAGACCUUCGAUAUCAAGGCUACAGUCGACGGUUGCCACCUUCAUGUCACGGGAAUGACGUUUUCCGCACCUACCCCCACUGAGACUAAGUACAAGUACAACAUUGCUAUCGGUUAUGACAAGACUGACCUCGAGCUCCAGGUCAAGGCAUGUGCGCAUACUCCGGUUACUAUUGACGACUUCGCAAAACCUCUAGUGUAUUAUUAUGGUACUGGAAAGGAUAAGAGGAACACCAUAACUACGAAUUGGGGCAAGGCCCCCAGUAUGUUCUACCAUAAGGAUAAAUAA